CACUUGUGAAUACUCCGGACCGGAACAUUAAUACUCCCACACAAACACACAGAAUGAGCUUCGAACACAAUCCCCAAAAUCCACACGGACUUGGCGAUCCAAAUGACACCAAAUUGCGCAAUGUGGAGCGAGAAGUGUUAAUACCGAAAAUAAUGAGAGAUCGCGCCAAAGUCGAGCACUGUGCGAAGGAAGUGGCCGAUUUUGAGGAGUGUUGCAAGUCGAGCAGCAUAUUCAUGGUUGCCACCUGUCGCAAACAGAACUCUGCCCUGAGAGAUUGCCUCGCCCACUGGUAUCAGGACGAAACGUUUAAGGCCGAAUGCAAAGCGAUUUACCUGCAGGAGCGAGCGGACUAUCGCAGCACCGGCAUCCCCAAGAAGAACCGUGUGGAGAAAAUUUAGUUUAAGCAUAUUAUUUUGUUUGUUUUGUUUGCACAAAAGCCGAGUAGUUAAAUCGA